AUGGGUGUUGAGCUAUGCCCUGUCGAAGCUAUGCUUGAUGAGAUCCAUCCGCCUAUCUCACGCAACCUAUACAGUGAUGUAAAACAAUAUGGACGCGGAGCAUACACAUUGGGUCGCAUUGGAGGCCACAAUAUUGUUGUCGCAGCCAUGCCACAGAUUGGAAACAAUGCUGCUGCAAUUGUGGCGAAUCAGUUGUGGCAAGAUUUCCCCUUCGUCGAAUUACGCUUCCUGGUCGGUAUUGGUGGAGGCAUCCCCGGCGGCGCGGAGGACGAAGAUAUUCGCUUGGGUGAUGUUGUUCGCACGGGUAUGUCUGCUCGACCACCCGCGAUCCUGAGCGCGAAUGUCGAGCGAUUAAAAUCCCUCCACCAUCGAGAAAGGAGUCGGAUCCCACAGUUCCUCGAGCAGAUGUUUGAGAGAUUCCCCAAGAUGAAUGAGGGCUAUCUUCGUCCGAACAUCGGUGAUGAUCGAUUAUUCAAAUCUAAUUGUCUUCAUCAAGGUGGCCCAACCUGUCAAGGUUGCCCCACUUCACAGCUCAUCGUGCGAAGACAGCGCACCUCUUCAGACCCCCGAAUUCAUUAUGGAAUUAUUGGUUCCGGGAAUACAGUCGUUAAGGAUAGCUAUACCCGAGACUGCCUGAAGCAGGAUCUGAAUAUCAUCUGCGUUGACAUGGAAGCAUCCGGCCUAGUGGAUGCCUUUCCUAGUCUUGUCGUUCGAGGAAUCUGCGAUUAUGCAGAUUCACACAAGAACAAAAAUUGGCAAGCCUACGCCGCCGCUGUAGCCGCCGCCUAUAUGAAGGAACUUUUACUAAUUGUUCCGCAUGAAAUCCUCGUGAAGCGGGAAGGCAAGCAAAAUGCGAAGCACGACAUGGAGCCAUAA